GGCGGAAGCGGCGGGGCUGGAGGAGCUGGGCCCGGCGGCGGCGGUCCCGGCUGGCGGCGGCGGCUGGCGGCGGCUCAUGGACCCGGGGGUGGCUGGCCCGGCCGCGGCAGCGCCGCUCGCCCUGCGGCUCCCUGCGGAGGGAGAGAGGGGGGCGGGCGGCGUGAGCGCGGGGGAGGCGGGAGCGCCGGGCCGGGCGGGCAGGCGCAGACCGCGGGUUCACCUCGGUUCUCCCGCGCCCGCGGCCGGGCCUGGCACGCUUUGCUUUGCUUUCCUUUCCCUUCCCUUCCCCUCCCUUCCCUCACCCUUCCCCGCCCCGCCGGCUCGGCUGGGCUCCGCUCGACGCUCCGCGGGCGGCACCGCGCCGAGCCCCGGCCCCGCAAGGACAGGCGGUGCCGCGGUCGGCGGCGGGGGAAGAAAAGGACCCUGCACCUGCCGGGGGCGGGUCAGCCACAAACAUCAUUAUGUACUUCCAAAAAAACUCUGCGAAGAUCUCCAGCCUCCAGUUGCAGAAGCAGCUGUGGGGAGAGACUUUGCAGCGCCAUCCAGAGAACCUGCGCCUUUACAAAACCGCUCUAGGGGAAACUUGCCUCCCAAAACCACCUUCGCAUCCUCUUUUCCAUUGUUAAUACUCAGUGAUGACUGGAGUUAGACCCUUACUAAAGCAAAGCUACUGAAGAUGAGAUGAACACAAAAAUAAAAUCU